AAACGCAUAAAUUUUACAAUUUAAUUGAACGAACAGAGAGUAUUUUAUACCACGUCGUAUUUUUCGUGAAUUGUCGGAUUAUGUGACCAAACUUGAGUUUUAUUAAUUUUUAUUUUCUCAUGCCUUUUUAAUUUGAUUCUAGUGUAGUUAUUAUGUCGUUUUUUGUUGGUUUUCUGCCUGUUUCACAUAGUUUUUUAACUGGGUUCUGAAAAAUAUAUUUGAGAAAGGCGACGAGAAGCUCCAAGUGCCCCAUAACUUCUGAGUUGGGGCCAAUUUCUUCAACCACUUUUUGUCAAAUUGGUACUGUUCUUCAACUAUAAUUGCACGUUUUAAUCAGGCGUGAUCUCUGUUAACCAGCUUCCAAACUUUUUCCCCCUAUACGAUCCAUCUUAUAUCAAUUUCUGGUGAGCUGAGAUGGACGGGGUGAAGCCAGGAGACAGGGAUAUAGAAACAGCUGUCAGUCCCAGUCCCGAGAGGCAGCAGGCCAGGUCAGAGCAGGCAAUCAUGGCCACAGAAGAGGGGGGCUCAGCGAUUGGGGACCAAAACGAAACUCUCGGUGGAGAUCUGCAAAAACAGGUUUCAUUUGUGGCAGGGGAGGAUGCAACAGAGGAGCAGACAGGCGCAGGGGAAGGGGGUUUCAAGAAACUAGAAGAGGAUGAUGUCGAUGAAAUGGAAGAGAAAGCAAGGAUGAAGCAGUUGAAGCGGAUGAAGGAGGAGCAGACGUACAACCAGUUCACAGGACUGUGUGACAACCUCAUAUCCAACUACUCCACUCUCAACUCAUCCAUUGAAGAAGUUAUGAGUGCAAAAGAUGGCUUGAUGAGCCGAGAUCUUCCUCCCUCCGUGCAGGCCAACAUGGCCCUCAAGAGCUCACGCAUGCUCAGAUCGUACAGUGACCUGCGGGUACCCAUCAAUGAACUGACCAGACUGGUGAGGAACUAUGCCCAGCCGUGGCACCUGAAAAGUGAGGCCCUGAAGAAGCUGCACAGCCAGUAUGACCAGAAGAAGCGCAUGUUGGACGUCGCUCUCAGGAGACUCCAACUCACUGCCGACCAGAUGGAGCAGUUUGAGACGUGGAAGACUCUGUCGCACUGGGAGAAGUUGUACUGUCGGGUGAGUGGGAAGAGAGGCCACGGAAGGAGGUGGAAGUUCCGAUUCACCCACUUCCAGCACAAGGCAGAACAGGGAUUCGAGUACCUUCAGAGCUAUCUGGACGGCAUAGACCGAGAGGGGGACAGAGACCGCACCCCCACCCUACAGUUCAGCAACUCCUUCUCUCUGCAGAAGUCGGCCGCAUUGGGGAUGGAGGGCAUGGAGGACUCCGAUGAAGACGGGGAGGGUGAGGGGGAGGGGGAGGGCAGUGAGGAUGAGGGGGGCAGUGAUGGAGAGGCAGGGGAGGGGAGUGGGAACGAAGACAGCGGAGAGGAAGAUGAAUACGGCGUGAAGAGAAAGGGCAAAAAAUCAGGGAGCUCCAGAAAGUCUGGAUAUGUGAGACCUCCGAUCGAGACAGAAGAAGCGAGCACUUGGACGAAUGAGCAACUGACCGACCGAUUCCUGUGUGCCAGAGUGAUGAAGGUGGAGGGGGCUGGGUUCGCCAAGAGAGAGACCGUAUUUCUCAACAUCCAGUUUGGGGGGAAGAUUCACAACUUCAGCAGCGAACUGGUCGAACAAAUACUCAGCAGAGAACGGCCAAAAAGUGGUGUGAGUCAAGGCUCUUUAGGAGCCACUGGGGACAACAAUCGGUCGGAACAAUCUGCUCAUUCGGAGAGAGACUCCACAAAUGGGCACACUCCAGCAGUUCCGGCUGCCCUGGAAAUGGUGAGGUGGCCCCUGGAAGAGGAAGAGGAGGAGGAUCUGCUGGACUUCGGGAGGGACUGGGAGAAAACAAAUAAGGGCCCAGCGCCGACAGAUAAAAAGGACGAAAAAGACACAAAGAAGAAAAAAGGAGAAGAUGAGAGUCUAAUUAGAAGAGAUGUGAUGGAAUUCAGUCUUCGAGAGAAAAUGGACGGGGAUGUUCUGUGCCACGCCCAGUUGUCAAUUGAGGAUAUUCAGGAUUCGCUGCCGCCCACAGUUGACCUGCCCGACUACUUUGGGGAGGGGGAGGAUGAGGGGGAGUUUCUAUUGAAGGAUGAGCCCACCACUCUGCCCCUGCUGACAGUGCAGGGUAGGGUGGCGGUGGGGGCACUUCAGGUGCACUUCUACUAUGGCACCAGCAAGAGACCCUUCAUCGCACCCAAAGAGGCACAGACGGAGCCCCAUCUGGUGGACAGCGUAGUGGAGAGGAUUCUGGGAGUGGAUCUGAAGAAAGUGUCUCUGGACCAACUGAUUCAGGGUGCAUCCCAGGCAUCCAGGGGACCCCAGAAGGACAGGGCCACAUCUCCAGUCGCAGAGCUAGUCCAAGCUGCACAGCUACAAGAAAUUGAGCAACAACAGUUGAUGCAUCUGUCCGACUAUGAAAAGAGCAUGCUGCAGAAUGUCAAUGCACAAGUUGAAGUGGAGCAGCCCCAAAAUACAGAUCAACCAGCAGAGCAACUGCUAGACGUGGAUGAGAGUGCUACCGGGCAAACUGCUAAUGACCCCUCUAGUAAAACGGGGGAAGAUGGGACUGAAGAAGUGGGAGGGGGAGGGGGCGGUGGUGUCUCGGACAGGUCCGGUGCUUCCUCUGUCAAGUCCAGCGUGGUCAAAGAAGAGCAGGGCAUUUCAACGGAACAGUAUGAGGAAAUCGUAAGAGCCGAGGAAGAGAAAUACACGUCAAUCAUCGAGAACUACAAAGGCGAAGUGGAUGACCUUAGAACUACAAUUGAGCAGCUGCAGAAGUCGCUAGAGGGCGUAAAGAGUGAACUAGCGAGAAAAGAGACGGAGUCAGCUGCCAGACUAGUGGAGCAAAACAAUGCCCUUAUUAAUGAAGAAGCCACGCUCAGAAAAGAAGCUUCUGGUGGAGACGAGACGAGAGAAAGGGGAAGACGGGGGAGCCUGACUGCAGGGAUGCAGCAGGACCCACAGAGACUUCCGGAAAUACAGGAGACAGGAUUACUAGAACACUCGCCAGGAGAGGCCGAAACAACUGCACGUGCUUACGAUAGAAUAGGUGAGUCAGAACUGUAUGACAUCACAAGUGGGGACAACACGAGGAGACCUCACGAGGAUCUUAUGCAGACAGGGAGGACUAUCGACUCGGACCAGGUGUACCACUCGGGCCCAGAGGGGGAGGAGGGGUUCGGAGGGGGGAUGAUGGGGACAGGGACGGGCGAGGGAGAAGAGGUCACAUUCAGAACAGAUGUGGCACAAGCUACGGGUUCGCCCAGGUUUUUCGAUCAUCCGGCACGACCUCGAUCAAAUAAGGCAGAGAGAAACUCUAGAAGUAGGGGUGACCAGCUGGAGGAUGAUGCAUUCGCUGGAGAGGGGGAGAGAGGGGGGAAGGGUAGACGGAAACCCAAGAAGAUCCACCACCCUCUACCGGACUGGACCUCCAACAUGCAGAAAGAUUUCCUACAGCGGCAACGUGAGUUCUCGUCCGAUAGAAGUGUUCACGUGCGUGAAUUGCGCGACACCGUUCAGGGUACGCGAGCAGACCAUAUUGAACGCCAGAUGAAGGGACAACAUAGGUUCAGCCGAGAACCCACACUCAUCCACACCACUAGUAUUAUGGGGGGACAGCUAGAUGAUCUCGGAGGGAACAGUGGUACCCAAAAACCACAUCAUCAUAGUACUGAGUACAUAGAACAAUUCGAAGAAGUGUGUCUGCCGGCUUUGUUCAUGCCUACCAGAACAGGAGUUAUCUACAAUGCCAGGGUGGGCAAAUCAAUUGCACCCUCAGGAGCCCCCCUGCGUCUGACGCAGCCACCUGCCAUCUUCCAGCUUCCCGCUUUGCCCCCCAGUGCCGCUCAACUGAUGGGGGAGGAGUAUGAAUUCGUAGACCUACUAGGCAACACCCCUCUAGUCAGCAAACCCUCCAUGCAACAACCGGGUGGGGGCGGUGCAGGGCCAUACAAUAGUGAGCCAUUCAGCAACUAUGACCAAAACGAUACAAUAACGGAAGCCAUAAAACGAUAUAAUAAAGAAGCGCUAGAAAGUGACCGAAAAGCAGCAGGCAAAUCUAAGAACAAGACGGCCAGCAAUCGACACUUGGUAUCAGUUGGGUCCAAGACAAUCGGAGGAAACUCAUUCUCACCUUGGGGUUCAAACGCACUAAUCAACGAGGAAGCGACAUCUUAGCGUUAAACUAAAACUGAACUCUAUUUUUCUGAAUCCGGCUCAACCGUACAUUGCCCCUCCCAAAUUGUUUUAAGGGGAAAGAAAACAAGGAUUUUUUCAGAAAAUAGAGUAGAAAACAGCCUAAAUUGAUUUAAUUU